ACAGAAUCGGCGAAAGUUGUUGGAAAAAUGGAGUUCAACAAGUGAUGUAUUUUUUGUCGCCUCGCCCGGUUACCGGUUACCGAAAGGAUGAAACAUGGGUUGACGUAACGGACAGGGAGUACACAUCGUCAAAAUCGAAAAAGACCAAUGAAUCAGAUCAAUGCAAAGAGAUCAUCGAGAUAUGAUUUAUUAAAAUACAAGGGGCGAAUUGGUUUCCAGUCGUCUAAUUAUGUUACGACUAGUGGACCCCAAUGAAGCUAAACCAUGGCAGAGCUGUGCAAUUUGUAGCGACAAGAUAUUUUUCAGGACGCCAAGAGAAUUUAGUUCUCAUCUGAGACAGUUGCACUGCACAAAAGAAGGAGGAUCGUUUGUUUGCCAUUACGGUAAAAAUGGCGUUUGCCCUUCCUUACCUGUUGAAGGUGUCAGCGACAAAGAUUACGAGGAUCAUGUAAGGAAGAAUCACACAAAACUGGAGGAGGGUAAGUGUAUAGUUAACAGUUUAAAUAUUCUGAUCGUUAAGAAUAAUUCCCCUUGUGUUAUUUUCUUGACAUCAUUAAUUGCAUCUAGUUCUCUGAUUCCUCGUUAAUUUUGAAAUAUAUGGAAACAUACACGGCUUACACGAAUUCUGUUUUAUUAUGAUGACUGAACUCCGAGAAACAUAAGGCAGUGUAGAAGAGUUUGCAUCUUGCCAUUUAUUCGUGCGCGUUUUAUGAAUUAAAACUCAAGUAGACUGCAAUAAACUCACACAAAAAGUCGAAGUCUUAAGAAAUUGGUAGCAAAUAUAUGUACAUUGAUGUACAUGCACUACUAAAUUAAGGCACCAGAAUCAAUGUUACACCGAAUAUAUUAAGAUAUAUUUUAUCCAAAUUUUUUUAAACCCAUUAACUUCCAUGAUUAUCCAAGACAGAAUUUCUCAGUACAAUUUCAAAAAAUUAUCAAGCAGACAAUUUAUGAGAAUGAAAAAAAAUAUCAGUUACAUGUUGGGGAUCUUUAGCUGAUCUAAUACUAAAUUCUACCAACUGAGAUCAUAAGAAAUGCAGGGUAGCUGGUAAGGGGAAUUGCUUAUGAGGUCUUGGGAGUGAAAAGGGUUCAACCUCUAUUCGGAGGAUAGAGAGUUUUUUUUUAUAUUUCCUUUCACUUUUAUCUUUUGCUUGAUCUUAGGUUAAUUCAUGAUACAGGAAGUAUUCUAUUAUUUAUUGUUUCUGAAAAAAAUUUUUUUAUUUAUAUCAACUUUUCUUUUCAUUAUAAGUUCUAUAAUUUGUUAACUGUGUUCAUGUAAGUUACAAUGUCUUCAAGUUAGGCUACUUUUCUAUUUAACAAAAAUGCUCUGUGUUGCCAUGCAUCUGUUCAGGAAUAGAUCACAGAUGAUGUGGAAAAAAAAAAUGAUCAGCACAAGAGGCACAGCUGAGUGUGUCUCAAAGGUUCUUGCCAUCGUCGUAUGUCUUCUGUGAUCGAAUACUUUACAGAGACCUACAGCAACACGAAAUCUAUUUGUUUAUAUGAUUAAAAAAGCAAAAUGCUGGUGAUAGCAAUGUCAUCUAUUUAUGUCUGUUCUCCAAAAGACUUAGUUCAGGGUUUUCCCUAGUUUUCAGCACAACAGGUAAUAGACCUUUUCAAACCAGUAAAGCACAUUUGCAGCUUCAGGCGGCUGGUCAUUCUCAACUUUGUCAUUUCCUAAAGCUGAUACAGUACAUUGCACCUAUCAAGAAUUCUCCAUUGAAAAAUUAAUAAUGUGAACGGUACACCUUUAGGUUCAGAGGUUGAACAAAACAAAAGUAAAAUUUUGUUUAAAAGCAUUAUAUUUGACCAUGCCCUCUCCAAACUGCUUAUAAUGUAAACUGGUCUCCCUUCAAUUUUGGGUGAUAUCUUUGGCAUCACUUACAUUGUAUAUUGCUGGAAAAUCAGCGGUGUCAGCUACAAAUUGCAUUGCUAUGAAAUUGAAUCACACUGAAGAGCUGAAUUUGUGUUCUAAUUGUCUCAAAUUCAGAACUUUUACGCUGUCGAGAGAUUUUAUUUUCAAGGCUUCUUUCAAACCGUUUCAAGUAGAGUUUCGUUUCAAGUAGAAUUUCAUGAUGAAGACUAGCUUUGUCCUCACGUGUUUGUUAUACAGCCAGAAAUUGUACAGCUGUCAAAGCGGUUAUUUCUGGCAAUUGGCUGCUUUUCCAUUGCUAGUACAUAACCUUUGUUUUGUUUACCCCUAAAAUUCUUGUAAAGCUUACCAGCCACUCUUUGUGACCUCUUGUUAUUGGACAGAAACGACAGCAUUGCUUGCUGCCAUUUCAUUGUAGAAACUGAACAACUAAACAACACCUUAUUUGCACAUGCAGAGAACUGACAAAUGUCAUGAGAUUUAGCAGAAAGCCCACAAAAAAUCACUCUUGCUUCAAAAUGCGAAAGGUACCAGUCAGUGUUUAAGCUAACUGAAGCACAUGUAGAUCUAUAAUAGUGCACACUGUUGGCUUGUUAUAACACUUUCUUACCAGAUUAGCUCACCAUAAAUGCAUAUUUUUUAAGAGUUCUGAGCGUUUGCAGGCGGUAAUAAGUGCUCUUACAAGUGGUAAACCGGUUACUGCCUGAUAAGGAGAACCCUGAUAGUUAAGAACCAAUCAAAAUGUGAGCAUCAAACUCAGCUUAUUAUACAACUUGAUUAGAUGCUUCAAUGCGUCUGUUCUUUUGCAGUAAAAUCAGAGAGUCGUGCUUCUGUUACCAAUGAUGAAUCACUAUAUCCAAGACCCAGACUACCACCCAUCUCAUUUCCUAAUGCAAGUUCUUUCACUGUAUAUUCCUCGACACAAAACCUUCCUGCCAUCUUAAAUGACCCACGACUGCUCAAAAGACAGACAGACUUCUUCACCAAGACAUGGGGAGAAGAUUUUAUAUCACAAGAUGUUCCACCCCUCACAUUACUUCCAAACAUCCCAAAGGCUUCUUUCGAUGACUACCUCAAGAAAACUGAGUUUGUGAGUAACCUUUAAAUUAAUUUGGAAUCAUUUGGAAUAUUGUUCUUUUAUUAUUAAGACAUUUAGCUUUAUAGUAAUCCUGAAGAGGUCUAAGGUACAGUUUGUGGAAAACACCAUGCAAUAACUUGUAUGUGGUCAUCAAAUCCAUGCUUACAGUUUUUUGUGAAUGCUCAUUAAUCCUUUGACUCUUUGAGGGUGAUUUUGUCUCAUUUUUAUUAAACUUUUAGUACUCUUUCACUGCAUGUACAUGUUCAAAUUUAACUAAAAGAAUCCCUUGAAUUUUUUUAGAGGAUCAAAGUUCAUCAAAAACUCAAGAAAAAUUCAGUUGGGGGUGGGACUACAGCUACUCCUGGUGACACUGGUUUUACAGCAGCUGCAGUUGCUGCAGCCAAAAGACAGAGUGGUUAGUGGUUAAAGUAUCUGUUGUGGAAUAUGAUUUUAUUGGAGGUGGAACAAGCUAGUUGAAGAUGAGCUAUCUUUGGUUGAUCUUUGAUUAAUGAAUAAGGACUCACUUUGCUUGAAAUUAUUAUUUUCCAGUUGACAAAGCUGCAUCUGAUAUUAGCCUAAUACCAAAGGUUUGUUGUUCAUUGUAAAAUAAUUUUUGUCUUUAAUUGUUUACUUUUGGUAGAAUUGUGACUUGUGUGACCUUUUAAAAUUCCUUCCCUGUAUUUUGUCCAAUAAGCACUAGGGCACUUAUUUAAAAUUUUGGCUCAAAGGAAAGGUGCUUAUCAGAAGGAGGGUGCUUAAUCAAUGGGGCACUUUUUAUUCUCCUUUACUGAUUUUGCUGUAGUUAAAAUUUACGAAGUUGCAAAUUAAGUCACUGUGGCUAUAGAAACUGAUUUUCUUUGUACUCAGGACUACUGUUUGGGUGGGGCACUUAUUUCCCAUUUCGGCUAAGGGGUGGGUGCUUUUUUAGGGAAGGGUGCUUAUUCAAGGAAAUACUAACAUUAUCUAAUUUUUCAUGGAUGGUUUAAUUGACUGAGUAAUUGUGAAAUUCAUUAAAUGAUUGAUUACCAGCAGUUGUUAAGGAUCCUGUUGAGGGCAAAGUGGAAGGGUGGUUUCAUACAAGUUUAUUGGAAAUUACAGACUGUAACAUAAUUGUAUUUUGGUCAGCAUGGAGACUUCAUUGAGUUGUUAAGUCUUCAUUGGUAAAUUUCAGGUGUUCCUGAUGCCCAAUUUUGCUUUGGAAGACCCAGAGAUCUUUAACAGUGUCCUUCCUUGGAGUAUGGUGACUCAAGAACCAGCUGAGAGUACAAGGGCUGUGCCGAGGAACUCAGCAAAGCUUCUUCAGGAAAAGGUAGUGAUAACUGUUCUAAAUAUUUAGAGAGGGUUGAGUUUGAGCAGGACACCAAUCUGCAUGAGUGUAAGUUUGUACUGACUGGUUGAUGUGUCACUAUUUGUCUGCCUAAAUAAAGUUUGGUUCAGCAGCCCAAUAUUGGUAGAACAGACAUUGUAUCUUGGCAAAGGUAUCAAAUUUGUACUCGAGCUUUGUGACCCAUACAGUUGGAGCUUAUCCUGGUUUUCAUUGUAUGAAGUUACAAGGAGUAUUCUUCCCUCCUCUACUUCCCCCCCUCCAGAUGGGAUGCCAGUCUAUUGAUAGGUCAUCCCCCCAGCAUUUCUUCAGGCUUCCCUGACAAUUCUCCUGUACCCAUUUGUGUUCCUGGGUGGAGAGAGGCACUGUGAGAGUAGAGUGUGUUGCCCAAGAACAAAACACAAUGACCCUGGUCCUCAACCCAGACCUCUUGAGCCAGAGUCUAGCACACUAACCACUACAGCACUGUGUCUCCUGAUAACUUACCUUGGUUUCUAUGAUAUUUUUGUCAUCAUCCCCUUGGGAUGAGAUAAUCAGGCCUAUUUGAUAUAGAAAAUUGCCCAACAAUUGGUUUUAAAAGUUUCCUUGACAGCUCCAAGAUAUCUUUUUAUACUCCUGGGAACAGAGUGAUACUUCUGGGAACAGAGUGGUACCAGAAGAAUUUAGUUUCUUCCCCAAUAACACAAUUUAUAAAAUAUUUUAAGUUGGUACUCUCACUGUUAGGUAGGUUUUUCCUCAUUUUCUUUAAUUCUUUUUCAAAUUAUUUUUUUGCCUGAAACCUUGAAGUAAAAUACACAAAGAACAUUUACAUCAAGUUCUGUAUUGAAGCAAUUGGUCACCCAGGAAGUGCUGAAAUGCCAAAGUUUUUUUUUUUGUUUUCAAUCAAAGGAACCAUUUGUUGUUUCAUUCUUUUCGCAGUUGUCACACUAUUUGGACAUCACAGAAGUGAAUCUGGCUCAUCAGAUCUCACUAAGAUCAGAAGAUUUCUUCAGUGCAAUGGCAUCCCAAGAUCAGCUGCAGGAUCAUGUUGGAGAGACAGUCAGUGAGAUCAAACAUUUAAGGUACAAUUUAAGUUUUAUUUUGAAUUGAUUUGUGUAUCACCUGUAUGAUCCAGAGCAUUUUUAUUAAAAAACUUUAGACAAAAAUCCUGUAUGAGGGCAGGAUGGGACAGUAGAGAUGUGUGUGGGAAGAAGAUUAGGCUGGAAAACAAAGGGCAAAAGUCAUUUGAUAAAAUGCUCAUUGGCUUAGUUAUGUCAUGAUCAGGUUGGACAGGAAAAUAAUUGGCUCUGGAUGAUCAUAAUGCACACACUUGGUCAGGCUUGCUUGGUCAUCAUGACUUCCAGCCAAACAUUUUCCAACCUGACCUUCCCACUCAAUCUAUAAGUGUAUAUUCAUCUAUUACUGUUUUGUGGCCUGGAUCAAAAUAAUUAUUUCCUAAUAAGGAUUUAAUUCAAUGGCUUUGUAAACAUAAGAUAUUUUAACCUAUGAUAAUGUUGUUGAAAAUGUUUGUACUUGUGUUGUUAAUGUUAAUUAAUGCUUGCUUUAUUUCUUAAUUUCCCAGAAUGAAGGUGCAAAAAGUUCAAGAGGUUUUGUGUUCAGGAUUCCUGAAUGUUCUCAGGCUUUCAUCUUUGAGAUCUAAAUAUCUCAGUGUGUUUGAAAAGGUGAGAAGAGCUAAUAACCUGUUGUGGAACCCUUAUCCAUCUAACACCCCCAGAUAUGAAUCGGGAUGAAAGUUAAAGAAGCCCUUUUUUGACUGUGAGCUGAAUUUUGUGUGCCCUGUGUCAGUGUUCCAGUUUCAGUAUGAUAACAAACACUUGUAAUUGGUUGAAGGGAAGAACGAUUUCAAAUGUUCUCUAUAAUUCAGGCUCAAAUUGUUUUCUUUCUACUGCCUUGGCUCCCAGGAGUGAUUUACAUCUAGUUUCUCCUUACAAUAUCUACCCUAAAUCAUUCAGGAAAAGAUCACCAACUAAAGAACCUCUUGAUUGUUCAACAAUUUCUCUUUGUCAGCUCCUUAAAAAAUGUAUAAAGAACAGUAUUGAGAAUAAACAUACUGAUGUAAGGGUUUAUUUUGUCAUUGUUCAUAAGGAAAGUUUUAAUGAAGCAAGCAAAAACUUAGUUGCUUUCUUUGGUUAUCACAGAUCUGCAAAAACAAUAAAGGUAGAUUGAAUAGGUAUUGUCAGAUAAAUUUUAUCAAGCAAUCUAGACUCUUAAAUUAAGGCAAAAAAUAAUUUCAUUCAGUAAUUAUAACCUUUAACUCCCAGAAGUAAUUAAAAUUUAAGUUCCCCAUAAUAUCCAUACAUUGUUAAGCUAGCAGGUAAUGAGAAUGCUCAUCAGGUAGAAGUUGUUAUCUUUAUCUAAUCCCAAAUUCUUCCAGCUAGAGGGGAGAAUUAGCAAUCACAUCUUUGGAGUUAAAAUGUUAGCAUUUAAAUGUGAAGGAGUGGUGAUAAUCUAUGUUUUCUUCAGCUGAAAAUGAUGGCCACAGUUCAUCAAACACAGCCAACAAUUCAGCUGCUGUUGUCGACAUCUGACUUUGUUGGUGCACUGGACUUGAUCAGCACUACUCAGGAAGUAUUACAACAAGAACUUGCUGGCAUUCAAAGCUUUAGGUAUCUGAAUAAUUCUAGCUGAAAUGGUCUGGCCAUAACAGUUUUUCGCCUCAGUGAAAGGGUUCACUAAAUUCUAUUUAGAACUUAAAGUAAACAUAUCCAGUACUGGAACAGAAAAUUUCUUCAAAACUCAGAUGUAAGGCACAUAACAAACUGAUUGAAAUUCAAAUGUCAUGUCAUGUACUUUAGGUUGUUUAAAUGUUGUAAAAAUAUCCACAAUUGAGGUCUUUAACAAUUAUUCCUGAGCGCACACUGGAUAUAUGAGAUGUUAGAUAGCCAAUGAGGGGGUUAUUUAGUGUUAACAACUGGGUUGAAAACGUAAAUUAGCCACCGUAAAGGGUAAAAAAGCUGACGUUUCGAGCGUUAGCCCUUCGUCAGCUUUUUUACCCUUUACGGUGGCUAAUUUACGUUUUCAACCCAGUUGUUAACACUAAAUUACCUGCUAUACUCUCCCACCGACGCAGCACCACAGUUUCUUCAGAAACUUACCCCUUUAUCAAUGAGGGGGUUGUUUCGAGUUGGAUAUGUGCAAUCUCGUAUCCAACAAUUGCAAAUGGAAUGAUUAUUUUAUCAAAUUCCAUUAAAUCCUGAGUAUUUGGAACUUUUUUCAACUCCACAACUGUUGGCGCAAUGCAUUUCCUUGUAAGGUGACUUGCAAUAUUAGCUGAUUAGCGGGGUUGAGUGAGCCAAUCAGAACACUAGAAAUGCAAUAUUCAGAGUUGAAGAUUUGAUAAUACAGUAUGUAGCUGAACAGUCUGUUAAUAAACGUCAUUUGAAUAUCUCCACUUUUGUUUUUGCAAUUUAGUAUCAUCAGCAUAAUGAAUGAAGAAUAAUUUCUUGAAAUUGUCUGUAAGAAGAGAGUAUUAUUAUUUCACUUACAAUAACCUCUGUGAUUUUUUGCAUUUUUUAUUUCUUUUUGUGACUCAGACACUUGGGCUCACAACUGGCAGAACUUGAACGAGUGAUUGAACGAAUGAUGGAAGCAGAUUUUGUGGAGUUUGCAACAGCUAACCUUACUAGGACAUCUGAGGAUGACAUGGAGAGUGAGGGACUUGUUGACGAGGUACGACAUGUGAAUACAAUACCCUGAUGAGCAGCAACCUUGAAACAUUGAAGAUGACUUCGUGUCGCUAUCUGAGCAACCCCUCCCCAAGCCAAACAUUAACCCUAAGUUUUUAUCUGUAAACUGUUGUUCGGCGAGGGGAGGGGUAGGUGAGGGGAGGGGUAGCCGAGGCGAGGCGCCGAUACUGACGUUGAUCCGUGACAUUCUAUGUGCUGAAGUGCUUUUAUUUUAACUGAGUACAGCAAUUGGAUUUUUUAAAAUUGUUUGUUUCUUUCUAAAACAGGAUAGGCUUGUGUCUGUAUUAUUUGGCCUUCUCCGGAAACACAAGCUGCACUUUCUUCACUUAUAUCGCGAUGAAGCAUAUGCUACAAUAAAGAGUACAGUUAGACAGGUUUGUUGACAAUGGAAUCAAAAUUAUAAUCUUAAUAGGGGCCUGAAGCAACCUAUGACAAUGACGGCAAUGAAGACGUGGGAAUAUAAAACAUCUAAUGGACAGAACAAUAUCUCAGUAAACCGUGUUCAAACUUUGCAGAUUUCUCAGCCGUUCUCUGCAAACAACAACGUGAAAUCACCAAAAUUUGCGUGGUUUGAGAACGGAAACCCUGACAGCAAAUUAUUGAUAUUUCUAUUUGAAACUCAACGCAGCUCACAUAAAUGUACAGAGCUCCGCACGUUAUGCUGAAGUUGAGGUGUGGCGGCGUAAAAGACGGUAAACGUAUCCAGACAUUAGCGAAAAUACAAAAUUUUCGUCUAAUCGACGUCUUCCUCGUCGUCCCCGCGCUGACUCCUCACAAGGUCCUUAUUAAUAUCUUAACCGACUACUCAUACUCUGACUUAAGAAUCUCACACUCAAGAUUUUAGAUCAAGUAUGACCUGAAAAUUUUUAAAAUGUUAAAAUAUGUUUCAACAGACAGUACAAGAUAUCGUCACAGACAGCAAAGAGAACGAAGAGGAAAGGUAAUAUUAUGGCUAUAAGGAUAAUGUCACAGAUCUAGCGAUGUAAAUCUAAACUAAGUCAGUAUAGUCUAGGGAUAAACUAUUAAAUAUAUCUGUGGGGGAGUAGGUGGGCAAGAUGUGAGUGGAAAAUGAUAACUAACAGUUGAGUUCACGCUAACUCUGUGGUGAAGCAUUAGAUUGCCACGUAGGCGUCAUAUUAGGACGAUUUAACGUUACAAGCUUACGAUCGUUUUUCUGGCCUGCUAGGUUAGAGUUAGAAAGGACGGUAGGGGGAGUGGGCGGGGAGAGAUGCCCUAUCUCCUCCCUUCUCCUUCCUUUGGCCAUGACUUAUCCCCUAAAAGGUUCAGACUCCUUUCUCUUCCUAGCCUCCUGCUGCUGUCAAAAUCGAAGAUGGCAGCUAUAACAUUCACCAAGAAAAUACGGAGCACUCGUUCGCCAAAAUCACGCUUGCUCUGCAACUAGUAGAGUAUCGGAGCUCAGAAUCGGAAGGUCCAGUUACGAUUCCUCGUUGGAAUCCAAUUUUUCUUUGUUACAAGCUCGAGACAAGACUAAGAACAUCUUUCUUGUAAACAAAGCCAUUCAUUUAACCUUUGAAUUCCUCAAUCAGUUAAUGACGCACCGUAAGAUUGUUAGUUACUGAUCACAUUUGCAAUGACACAUAACAUUAAAUAAGUAGAAUAAGAAAGAUUUUAAGUUUUGAGCUCAGUAAAGAAAUAGACCGAACAUGUUUUUUCGCUUGUCACGAGCGUGGGACAAAGAAAAAAUUUUGAGUCCCCAUGAGGAAUCGAAUCUCAGAUCCAAAGGUCUCGGGUUCGAUUCCUCAUGGGGACUCAGAAUUGAUUCUUUGUCCCACGCUCGUGACAAGACGAUAAAACAUCUUCCUCUACCAUUAAGUAACUUUCUAAAUAUCUAAUAACCAGUGAUCUUUUUAACCAACUGUCUUCUUUCUCAUCAGUCCGAGUAUUACUGAUACAAUGAGAGGCUUAGAUUUCCUGCAGUGGAUGAACAUGCUAAAAGAAGUGUUUAACGCCUCUCUAUGUGUCCUGCGAAGGAUGAAGGUAAGCUGCAAACACAUCAAUUAUCAACCCGUUUUCAAAGGAACUUUGAACUGAACUUUCUACCUAAUGUGUCUACGUUGCUCCAAGAAAUCUGUGAAUGAUUGAUUGUUCAGUUGAUAUAUAGUGAAUUCUUUACCCAUUUAACUCCUAGAGGGGAUUAAAAUGUAGUUUUUACUCAACAUUUCUUUACAUCAAUUUUUCUAGCAUUUUAGGCAGAGGGUGCUUUCUUGUUCAGACAUUAAAUUCUCUUAACUCGAUUAUAGGGAAAUUAUAGCAUCUUGUAGGGAGAAUAAAAGUGAGACAUUCAAGGCUGACCUUAAUUUGGAGAAUUAGCCCUGUGUGGUGGGUGCACUAAUUUCCUUUGUGAUUCGGGUACCUUUGUAAAAUCCAUUUGAAAGUCUUGUCAUGCCUUCCAACGCUUUUCCGCCUUUUCAUGAAAUGAAACCUGUAAAUGUUGUUUGAAUAUUCAACCUUUGCGAUUCCAAUUCUAGGUGUUGCAUCAGAGCAUUGUACGAGUGUUGAUGAUAGCUGCUGGAGGUGUCACAACUCACUUCGAUCCAGAUGAUUUGGAAAGUUUUGGUAUUCCUGAAUCAGAUUUUCUUCAACCUGUCUGGUAAGAGUUUGUUAAGGCUUGUGUUAAUACAAUUGUAGCCGGCAAACGGUCGUCAUGUAUACUUGCAACAUUCAAGCAUGUGGAUCAAAGUCUUCUAUUUUACAUUAGCUAACUUUUUCUUACCAGUUUCAGUUCGCAUCGCGAGAGACCUGCACGAAAAUAGCCUUCAAUGACAUAUUUUCUGAAAUUACCCUCGAGAAACGUAGCUCAAACCAAACCAAGAUGAGAAAAGUCAUUACAAAUAAUCGUGAUAUCCCGAAACCUCUUAUUUUACCAAGGGCAUAGAGGAGAGGGAAUAGUAUCAGAACUCUCCACGUAGAAAAGUGUGUGAGAUUCAUUGGCAAGGAAACAUUUACAUGAUACUUUCUUAUGUCAUGCAGCAGUGGAGUGGACAUCUUGAUAAGCACAACUGAUUGUAAGAAACUGACGCAGGAAAGUAAGGAGCUGCUGUGUGCAGGUUGUGAAAUGGCACAGCUGCGUUGUGCGAAACUUAUUAAUGUGAGAGGAAAGGUAAGAGCAGUAUGAGGCUUCGCUGCGCGCGCUGCGAGUUCCGCUUUGAAAUGUGUAAUUCUUCUUUUAAGCCAAGAGGUUUAUCCAGUCGGAGCUUGUCCUUUUUUCCUCAGCAUGAAGCCAGUAGGAGUAUCGCUACUUCCCCUGGACAAUCCAUCGCAGGUUCACUUCUGCUUCCUUGAGUCUAUUAUUCUAUUAUUGUUGUUUCAGUCAAACCAAUCGCCCUCAAAAAACUGUCAAACAAUACUCAUCGGUCUGAUGUCACAGCACUGAACUAUAGAGAAUUGAUAAGAAGUCAGGCGGUAUACUAGGUUCAUAGUUGGCAAACUUCGCACUAAGGUUAUAAGAGUGCUGAGUGUCGGUUUCUUUCUUACACAGAGGAAGGUGAUAAAUGGAAAGCUUUUUAUGUGGGGCUUUGUUAGUACCAUUUGACACUUUAGUUACAGUUUUGCCAUUGUAACACAUGAUGGCAUGCAUUCCAUUCCUAAUUCAAGGUCACUCCCUCAGACUUCGAUCAGUUUUAGGUCAAAACUCGGAUAAGUGUUGUGAGCUGUGAUGCCGUCCCAUUGCCCUGUUCAUAUUUAGUUACUGGCUGAAACGUAAACCCGCAAAGCCAGGGCCUACACUGUAACCACUUUUUCUAACUUGCCAUUCAUGUUUAAACGUCGUAAUUCGUUAGAUGACUACUAGCGUUAGCCCUGCGUCAGAGUGAUCCUACGAAGGGCUGACGCUCGGAACGUCAGCUUUAGAAGGAGGCUAAUUACGGAGGCUAAUUCACAUUAUCAACUAAAUUGAUAAAGCCAAAUUAUCGUGCAAUAUCCCCUCUCCUCCCCCACCAAUGCAGCACCACAUUGUCUUUGGCAACUCACCCCCUUCAUUCAUGUAAAAACAUCGUUUUGUUGUUAACAGGCUGGUUACCUGGACAGCUUAUCCUCAGCAGAGUUUGUCAGGCUGACACGUAUGGUGGAAGACUUUGUUAUGGACUGUGAGAAAAUAUGUGGACGUCAGAGCCAUAGUCUUAGGGCCACUCUUUUGUCACAAGCUAAAAAAUUUGUGGAAAGGUUCCACGAGGAACGCAAAAAUAAGUUAAGGUGAGGCAUUUGUUCUCAUGCAGCUCAAAGUGCACCGGAAAAUUUGUAUCUUCAGCUUUUAGAUUGGGAUGCAGAGUUUGAAUCUUGAGAAUUAUACCAAUUUAUUAGGAGAAAGGGAGACCAUUUUAUUUGAUAAACCCCAUUCGUAUUUUGAGUCCUUUGAUAGCUUCGGAAGCGCGGGAAAACACGAUUGGUGUUUAGUUUGAAUCUGAUUGGUUGAGAAAAUAGUGCUAGUUUUGUUAGACCAAUCACAAAGUAAAGGAAAACGAAACCAAAACAAUCCCGAGUUUCUUUGAACACAAUAAAAAUUGCUCUCUUUCUCUCGUUAAUUUGAUGUUACUCUAAGAACAUGAACCAAAUUGCAUUAUGUGUAUCGAUUUACCUUUUUUUAUUUCGGGGAUUAUUUUUUAGUUUGAUAUUAGAUAAUGAGAGAUGGAAGCAGGCUGAUGUACCCACAGAGCUCCAGUCUUUAGUGGACUCCUUAGUUGAUGGUAAGAUUAAACUGAAAUUCCCACUGUUCAGGUUCAUUAUAUUUCUAAAUUUAGUGAUUUUCGGUUUUUGAUAAAUAGUUAUUUUUUUAAUCUUUUACCAGGUGUUUACCCCCGGGGCAAGGAGCCAAAUUUUUCUAUAGGUAUGUGCAAAGUGAAGUGUUGAUGUUUCUAUUAGAGGUCACAGUUAACACUCCUUUAGUUGCCAGCGUGGUACAAAUAGGAAUUAUGUGUCGUCUGUCAGGACUCUAGCUUCAGACCUUCCAAUUUCUCGGUUCGAUGCCCUCCUGACUGAGCUUCAGUGAACCAUUAACGAGCGAGGCUAUGUAAUACUGAGAAGGUUCAUAGAAUUUUAAAUUGAGUGUCAAACGUAAUUCAGGACUGCUAUGGUUUUGCAAAACUACGCUCUGUUAUUGGUCAAGAAAAAUUAUCGCGCUCAUUUUUAAACCAUUCAGGUUCAAAACUAAAACCAAUUGCAACUUGGUCACGUGCGUUUUCUCGCGCCUCAGGCAGCCUGCUUAUUUCCAGUUUGAGUUCUCAUUGGCUCCUUGGCUUCUUCUGAUUGGCUGUUGUGAUUGCUUUGUUUGUUUUUACAGAACUCAAUCGAAAAGUGCUUAAUGCAAAGAUCAAUUUUUGGUGUAGCGUAUUCCCGUCAAGGGAGAUUGGAGUAUAUCGGGAAAAACCGUCCUUUGGUUAAUACAAUAGUACAACAGUUAUGUCAUGUACUCUAAAGUGCUCGUUUUCAUGUUCAAAAUUGAAAUUCUUUCCAGGUCCUACGGCAACUAACGACAGCAAGCCAUCUCCAGUUUUAUUUGUAAAUGGGGAAAAAUUUGCCGUUGUUGGGUAAGUUAAGAGAUGUAUUAAUUUUAUUGUAUAAUUGUAUAUAUAUAUAUAUAUAUAUAUAUAUAUAUAUAUAUAUAUAUAUAUAUAUAUAUAGGAAGUCUGCAAGUCGAUUUUCGCGUGGAACAGUGCUCAAUACGUUGAAGCAGAGCAGAAUAAAUAUUAUGAGAGGAAAUAUUACUUAUAUAUAUAUAAGUGUACUAUAAGGACGUAACGAAGAGGCUAACUCUUGACUGUUCUGGACGAGUUUAAUGCACGACGUUUCGGCCGUUCGGCCUUCUUCAGGAUAAAAAUUAAAAACCAAAAAGCUAUUAACAAUGAUUGCGACUUGUUUACAAAACAGAAAUUUUAAGACAGGUUACGUAAUACAACAAGGGUCUAAAUUACAAACUGAGAAGGGUUAAACGAUGAUAGGCAAAUAAAGAACUAUGGGUGGCAUGUGAAUACAAAUAAGGUGAAUACAAAUAAGUGACAAAAACUAGAGAGAAAAAAGAAUCUAACUGUAAUCAUUUUGAUUACAUUCAUUCAGGGGCCUUCAAUGGGGAGCUUGUUACUCCGGAGUAAACACUUCUAAUUAGUAAUUAUUUUGAUUACAUUCAUUCAUUCAUUCAUUCGAUCUGGCCUCCGGCUCGUGAUUUACAAACUUUCCUCGUGUUCUCCCAAUAUCCCGGGUGGGUUGUUACACCGGUAAACCGAUAGAGAGUGUCGUCUGUUGCUUAAUUGAGUUAAGAACUAUUUACCUUUAUUGUGUGUUGCAUUAGUCACCCUAAUGAUUACAAGUAACUGUGGAAUUCAUUUGUAUUUUUCUCGUAAGCAGUUCAAUCAUAAUCGUCGCUUUACUUGUAUAGCCUUUAAUUCGGAUACAGUCAUGGAGAUUUCACGGCUGUAAUUCAACGGCUGUGUUGGAGCGUAAACAAAUCUUCUUUCGCUGACCAUUAUGCUUCCUUCGUAUGUUUCUUUUUACAGGACAGUGCUCUUAUUAGUGAAUAUGUUAGUGGACUACUGCCAGUGUGUGGAUGACACCCCGAUGCUGGUCACAGACAUUAUGAAUAAGUUGUUUGAAACUUUGAAGGUCAGUGACAUAUUUGCAGUUCAUUACCACCAGCAGUUAGUCGUGUUGUAAAACAGCAGAGGACUGGGAACGCAAAUUUACAAACUAUUAAGCUGAAAAAAUAAACUUGUCAAAGGAAAACAAUUGAAACAUUAGUAUUUUAGUAAUGUGAGUGUUAAAACGGAGUGUGUUUUGAAUUUCACAAUCUGAAUUAGGCCUGGAUACUUUUUCAUGUAGUAGAGUUCAGUUUUUUAAGGUAGUCGAACUCACUGGAUUUUAGAAAUCCAUCCCCAGUUUCCUUUUCAUUGGAGCACAUCUCGAUCGAAUGUCGUAGAAAACAAUUUCAAAGUAAUCAGUUAAGCCCCUCAGAACAGAGGAAAUGUCGCAAAGAGUUUAUGAAAACUCAAAUUUGAAAAAAAAACUGCCCGAGGCGCGGGAAAAGGCGAGUGACGACGUUGCGACUGGUUAUACUUUUGAAUCUGAUCGGUGGAGAGGAUGGCGCUUGUUCCCUGGACCAAUCACAAGAGCGAAGUAACGUAAAACCAAUGCCAUCCUGAAUCACUUUUGACACUGAAUUGAAUAUUGCUCUAUGGUAUUAUUUUUGUCAUGUGAAUUGUCAUGCAGCGGUGGGUUCCAGUCUCCUUGCAGAUUUCAGCAACACACUGUAUCCGUGUCGCCCAGGAUGCACGCUUUGUCGCCCUUUCAUGUAUUACACGUUUUCUCUUUAUUGUCAUUAGCUACAACUUUUCCCAUUCUUACCACCGUUGUCUUGCUUAAUUUCCAUUCUUUCUCGCCAACUUUUGUUACAUAUUUUCUUGAGCCUGACGGCGCCUUAUUGUGUAACGUUUUCAUAGAUGUUCAACUCUAGAACAUGCCAGUUGGUUCUUGGAGCUGGAGCACUGCAGCUUGUUGGACUAAAGACGAUCACAGCCAAACAUCUAGGUAAUCGGAAAGAAGAACUUCUUACUAACCGAGUGUGAGAGUCAAUAACGCAUAUAUACCAUUUAGGGGAUAUCAUUUGAUUUAACGCUAAAAUUUCACUGUUUAAAUUAAAUUAGAUAAAUAGCUGACAGUUCAGAAAAUUGAAAUUCUGAUCACGGGAGUGAAAGCGGUAAAGUAACCUGACGAAAUGUUUGGGGGCCUACCUGGGAUGGUGAAGAGUACAUGAUGCUUCCCAACCUCAGCAGUGAUGAGCUUCUUGCCUCGCCAAAUUUAACGAGGUUGUUUUAACGUAUGGCUCCAUUGUUUUCUUGUUUGUUUGAAUUUUUGUUUUGUCAGCUCUUGCUGCCCGCUGUUUAGAGGUGGUUACAAUUCACAUUCCAGUCUUCAAAGCACAUUUCGAGGAAAGGCUACCGCCAAAGCAGUACGUUUUACUGUCGCAGUUUGAUCAAAUUCUGAAGGUGAUGGCAUGUAGUGUAAUUGCAUUCUUCAUAAGAUUGUUAAAUACAAUUACCCCAAUAAUAAUAUACAUGAAAAAAUUACUCAGUUCUGACUGGUUAAGAUAAAGGCAGUAUUCAGGUAAUUCAGUGCAAGAGAGGGUUAAUUCAGCGCAAAGUAGUAUAACAAAGUAGACAUUCUGAUUGGUCAAUAAACAAACUCACAGAUAGCCAAUCAAGUGCGAGCCUUAGUUGUCGCAACAUUUGGAUACGCUGAAAAUUUGCGAGCAAAACAAUGGCCGGUAUUUCAAUUAGGUUUUCUUUCGCCACCGUAACAACAAUACGAGAAGGAAUGGCAGGAAUGAAUAACUCAACAACGAUCUCUACUUUGCCAGAAACUUUAGCCUCGCAAUCCCCUCAUUGACUUUUCAAAGCUGGCCACGGUUGUUCGAGGGGUGGACAGUGCUAUCCACUGAAUAAAUCUCUAUUAGUAGGUGGAUAGCGCAGUAAGUUUUGUUACACUCAUCCAUUGGAUAGCGAUUUAUCUUUUGAAUAGCGUUAUGUACUCUUUGAACAACUCAAUUAUCCAUCACUGCAGAGCAUGUUGGACUCUGACCGGUGCCAAAGGUCUUCUUUAGAGUUCCUGCUCGGAAUCGUUGUGUAGUAUUCGUGGGAAAAAAAAAAAGCACUGGUCUCGAGCGUGCCUCACUUACUUAAGAACCCGGACACCUUUCAGAGUCGAUGAUGUGGGUUGGCAACCGUAAAGAAAUUCUAAAUCGUACUUUCGAGCGUUACCCCUUCGUCAGAGCGAGUAAGUCUGACGAGGGGGUAACGCUCAGCCUUAGCUUCUCUUUCCGGGGGCCAGUUCAAAUCAUCAACGUAGUUGUUAAAACCAAAUUAUUUUGUAAUAAUCCCCACCGCAACGGUUUCUCUCUUUUUUAAGUGACUUACCUCCUCUAUCCUUUCAAAGUCCAUUGCUCCCAACGAAGGGACACACAAUGUUGCCCACAUCGUUGAUUGAAGACGUUUAAUUUCCGUCUUGUUUCUCAGGAUUACAACAACCAUCGUCAAGAGUUGUUCAGCAAAAUCGUAAACCUGAUGGAAGAGCUCUUUAAAAAUAUUUUCUCCAAGGUAAACUGUAAAGCAUCGCUUGUUGACAAUACUUUCAGCAUACGGUAAUUUAAUAAGAUUGACUUCAUAUACUUUCAGUAUACGGAAAUUUAAUAAGAUUGACUUCGUUCCCUCACAGUGGGAGGUCAAAGCUCCAAUGCCGUCUCAAGCCAUGCGCGGUGCGGUUAAGCAAAUCACAAAACUCCACGAGUCUGUGUCACUUGUUUUACCAGAAGCACAAGUUGAGGUGAGUUUGUAAUAUCGUAUAGAAACAGAACCCCUCCUUGAGCCGCCUGGUGAUUUCAGUUGGAACAGUGGUAGACAACCCUCUGAAGGUUCCCAUGCCGAGAUCGGACCAGUGCUUUCAAUAAGAAUUGAAGAAGGUGGCUACAUUUGUAAAGCACCCGCUAGAGAAUAAUAUAAAUUACAAUUUCCCACUAAUAUCCCAUUGCUUCCAUUCAAAAUAAACUGGCUUCAAUAGAAGUUUUCGGUGUUACUUCCGCAGAUGAUCAUUAAGUAUUGGUCUCCUUUAAAACAAUUGUUUAACUGAUCGUUUUUUUGCCGGAAAUCUAUGAAACGUAUGCUUGAAUAUAUGAUAACACAAUAUUAAUAAUUUUUAUCAAAAGUCGUUUACAAAGGUAAAAGUCGAAUGAAAGAACUCGAGGUGUUUUAGGUCUCACUCCGUGAGUUUGCUUGAAAGUAUCCAAGAUAUACCCGGUUGACCCGGCGAUUACCAACAGAAUACCUGCCGGGGCUCCGGCGGGUGCUGGGUCUUAUUGAAAGCACAGUCGGACUAACACACAGAGUCAUAAAAUAUAUGAGGAAAUGAGCUGCGCAUCUGCUCAUCACAAAGUGAAUGUAACGAAGUUUCCGAUAUUGUUGACAGAUGUCUCAACAGGUCCACUCCAGCUUAUCACAGUCAAUCUGCAACCCUUGUGUACAAGGUGUUUGAUGCAACCUAGUUAGUUACCUUUGGUUUGAAUGUUGUUGUUUUUGUUGUCCAGGCCAUAUUCAGAGACAUCAAAAGAGCUUUCAAGGAAAGUUUGGCUCAUAAAUUGGACAAGUUGGGAGUCACGAAUGAUGGUGGUCCACAGCAUGGGUAGGUAUUCUAACAGUAAGACAAAGAGAAAAGAGUGGGAACCGUGCGCGUUAUCACUGAUGUUCUUCAUAAGGCCUCUUAUACAAUCAAAAACGAUUGACCUUAAAAAUACUAGUCGAGAAACUUGCGCAUGUCAGAUGGACUUGAUUGUUAUACAUAUUCGAGCCGCUGAAAUUAAUGCACGUGAACAGGGCGUGAAGAAAAACCUCAAGAGGAUUGUUAUGGGAGGUAAUGAGUAAGUAACUGUUCUUUUCUGAUACCUCUACAGCUUUUUGUGAACGGUAAAAGAUUAAAUAAAGGGUUUAUCCUCUCGUUUUGGUUGCAAAUUGUGCAAAUGAAAGAACACUUCCAUUUUUCCUCAUCUUUCUCCUUUAAGGAAUAAAUUACCUUACAGCGAUCUUAACCCUGUAACCGCCAAGAUUCACUUGGCAAUUCUCCCUAACUGACUGAUAUGCAUUUCCUCAUAAGACAAGGGAAUUUGGUUUUAUAUCACCUUCUGGCUGACAGGUUUUUUAGUUCCCAUAACCUAUUUGCAAGACAACAUACAGAGAUCGCAAGGAAAAUCUACAUGUUAGUCACAGUUGGGAAUUAAAGGGACGAUUUUCCUUUUAAUGCAGACUCGUCACGUCGGAUUUAGCUUUCUUCAAGGAAAGCCUAAAGAAUCUGAAUGGAAUGGGAGACGUUAACAGAAGCCUGGAAGACUUGUGGAGGACUGUGAACGAACUUAGAGCUAGUAGAGCUUCACCAGCAACUGGACGGAAAAUUGUCUCGCAAAGAUAGCAUAUGUGAUAUGUUUCGAAUUUAAUUCAUCGACCAAUACGUGAUUGUUCUUCCGUCAGUGCUCAAUCAUUUCUAUUCGCUAAACGUUUUCGAAGCCGUGUUUUGUUUCUUCAGUUUUAAGAGGCAAUAUAUCGACUGUUUAACUAUCAGAUGUAAAUUACAAUUCAGAAAGGCCAAACAUUUAUAGAAGAGUGUUUAUAAACGGGAUGAAAGUGAUGCUGUCAUUCGGUGAAGAAAUUUCUUGACCGGACAGGCACCACUAAAUACGUCUGUAUCUUUCAACUUUGUAUUUAAGUAAUUUUAUGAUUGAACAAUUACAGAGUAAUUAAAGAUACUAAGUUCUCUAC